CUGGCCCAAUCAUUUCCUGUUCAUCAAUGUCCAGCAGACAUGUCUGCCCCGUUCAGGGCUGUGGGAAGACUUUCAAACGGCCCGAACACCUGAGUCGCCAUCGUCUAAAUCAUCGACCAAAAAAGAUUUACAGCUGUGGAACAUGUCACAAGGAUUUCGUCAGGCUUGAUCUGUUGCAGAGACAUCAAAGACGCCAUGAGCGUGGCAUGUCAUAUCGAAAUUCUGGCGGAUACGUACCUGAUACGCCCUCUUCGCCUUCUGCUGCUACAUCUCAGCCCGUCCAUGCACCGGCCGCCCAAGUAGAGAUGGUCAUUCAACACACAGAAGUUGCCUCGCAACAUCAGCACAUCGACGCCGUCGAUCCCGCUCUUUCAGCUCCAUCCAACUCAGCGCCCAUGACCUUCGAUACCAUUGACUACCCGGACUUCCUACAGGUUCCGGAGAUUGGAAACAACCACCACGUCAUCUUUGACGCAUCGGACGGCGCCCAAGGUCUCGUGGAAGAUCUGGACUGGCUGUUCGGAAACGUGCCGUUCCCGGAGGACUUUCCAAUGGAUCCAUCUCUGGACAUGACUAUCCCCAACGAUGUCUCCUUCGCUUCUCCGAACAGCACGAUAUCUCAACAACUCAGUACAGACACACCAUCGCUCGGGAGUAGCCCUUGGCUCAAUGUUCGUGCGCGACUUCUGGAAGCUCUACGCACACUACCGCAAGACCUACUGGAUGCCCCGUUCUUCGAACCGGUCAACCUCAAGUCCUUCUUCGACAUCUACUUUUCCAACUAUGAUUCUCAUUUUCCAAUCCUACACCAAGCUUCAUUUGCACUAGACGACACCCCGCCACUUCUCCUCGUUGCACUGCUCACUCUGGGUGCUACCCUAUCACCCGACUCUUCUCACUAUCGAACCGCCGAAAGAAUCCACGAGAGCUUACGAUGGCUCAUUUUCAGCAGUGGAAGUUUUCAGCCACCGGCACCACUGUGGUGUCUGCAAGCAUUGCUCCUUGUUCAAGCGUACGAGAAGAUGUUCUCCACACGGAGACACCACGAGAUGGCGCAUAUAUUCCACGGUGCCGUCAUCACACUCAUGCGUAGAGGUGGUUCAUAUUCCUCAGACUCGGCCGAUGACGCCACCAAAGCAUCCUCGGCAGAGAGAGCGUGGCACUCAUGGAUUGAACAAGAGUCAUUUAAACGCGUCGCCUAUUUCGCUUUCAUCAUGGAUGCACAGCACUCGUCCAUCUUCGGCCACACGCCUGCACUUUCCGUUAGCGACGUAAGGCUGGCUCUACCAUGUGCGGACGAGGUGUGGGAUAGCUCAACUCCAUCGUCCUGGAAGAAGAGGCUUUCCGAGUCGGCGCCGGCCGUACAAUUCCUCUCUACACUGCGGGCUCUACUGUCUCGUCGUCCGAUUACUUCGAGCUGCAGUCCCUUUGCCCGGUUCAUUUUACUCCACGGACUGUUCAACGUGACCAAACAUAUGCAGGGGCGUGAUCUGAUGGCUUCGGACAUCGAGACCGGAAGGACCCCUGAUCACGGCGCCGAGUCUACACCACCGUCGACCAUCGGCGACGACAAUUGGAAGGAAAUUCUGGACCGAGCCAUCGACACCUGGUCAUUCUCUCUGAUGUCCCAACAACCUUCACUCUGCCUCGAAGCGGCACGACCUCUACAUCGGAUGGCGCAUGUCACGAUAUACGUGAACUUGAUCGACUUCCAUACUUUCGCGGGUGCGCCGUCUCUCACCGGCAGCACCACCAGACACGAGUACGCCAAGGCAAAGCGCAGAAUCCAAUUCUGGUGUGAGAGGCCGUCGGCCAAACGGACGUUGUCCCAUUGCAUACUCCUCAUCCAGGAGACCAUGUUCACUCGCAGACGAUACCGUGCGUCCGAAGACAACAUUGCCGUCCGACCUUGGUGUCUGUAUCACGCCACCUUGAUACUGUGGGCGUUUGGUAUCCUGACAGAGGGCAAAUCGGCCGAGAGGGUCAGCGCCGAAGAUUAUCUCGUGCACAUGUUGAGUGGUCUCAUGGACCACCAUCAUCAGCUCAAAGGUACCAAUCGGACGCUUGGACUUUUGACCGUGGUCAAGGAGUCCUUGUCUGAUUGUCGGUGGGAACUGUUGCAAGAAGCGUGUACAACACUGGGCAAGCUUAUCGAAGUUUCUGCACCUUGAUAUACCUGCUGUAAGUUUUAAUAUACUGAUCUAGGGUUGGUUAGGGCGUCGCUGACGAAAUAACGCACACACCGGGG